UAGAUGAUAGCUGUGCUGACUGCUAUAUAGUUCAGCUAUGUCCAUCCCUUCCCCGUUUGACAGUACAUGGUGGAGCUUGGGAAAAACAUGCAGGGAAGGAAGCAGAGUGUCUGGAGACCACAAGUUAUGAAACGUCCGAUGAGCCCUACUUAUUUGUCAAACCCCAUGGUAACCUUUCCAAACUGUGAGAAUGGACUAUCCGACACCCAUACCUCAGAUUUGCAGUCCAAGAGAAAUAAGAACAAUCUACCAUCAUUCACUCUGUGCGAGGUUUGUAAUAUCCAACUCAACUCGGCUGUCCAGGCACAAAUACAUUACAAUGGCAAAUCCCACCAGAAGCGUCUGAAACAGAUCAAAAACGGGAAGAAGAACAGUGCUGUCCACGGUGCCCCAUCACAUGGUGGACCUUUGCUGGCUUCCUUAGGCAUCCACAGCAGACCCAUCCAAACAUACUUUGACAUCAAGCACUUUCUGACCUUCAGAGUAAAUGGGGUGUCUCCUCUCAGCCUCUUCCCUAACUUUAAUGCGAUGGAUCCUGUUCAGAAAGCCGUCAUUAAUCACACAUUUGGUGGACCAUCACCUGCAAAAAGAAAACCUUUUAUAUCCUGCAAUGUCUGUCAUCUCAGGUUCAACUCCCUGAACCAAGCUGAGGCCCAUUACAAGGGACACAAACAUGCACGGAAGCUCAGAGCCAUGGAGAGCGCAAGACACAAACAGAAGCAUGGUGGCACUCGAGAAAGAGCAGCACUGCCCCCAAUGGACACCAAAAGAAGAACAAGCUCUCAAAAUGAAAGCACACAGAAUGGACUUUCCAAGCACAGCGACCUGGAAACAGAACACAGUCCCUUAACCCAGACACCAGAACCUGCCACAGCUGAUCAUGAGGAAGAAUGUUCUUCUCCCGAGGCAGCAGAAAGCCUUGCUGGGGCUUUGGACUCUGAGACCAUGGUGUCUGAGAUAACUUACAAUCUUGAUAAAGGACCUGGAGACACUUGUGAUACAGCACCGGAUGGUGAGAAGGAUCCAAAGUGCAAGGAGCACCUGUACUGUACUACCUGCAAAGUCACUGUGAAUUCAGCAUCUCAGCUAGAAGCCCAUAAUGCUGGUGCAAAGCACAGGUCCAUCUUGGAAGGACAGAGUACCCACCCUAGGAAGGGGAAAGGCAAAGUGCUAAACCGUGCAGCACGGAAACCUAAGAGGAUUGGCAACAAAACCAGUGUUGGCAUUCAGAACAAGGCCUUCAACUGCCCUGUGUGUGAGAUCCAUGUGAACUCCGAGACACAACUGAAACAGCACAUGAGCAGCCGUAGGCACAAAGACAGACUGGCCGGAAAGCCCCCAAAACCUAAAUACAGCCCCUUUAGCAAGUUACAGAAGAAUGCAGCAUUAGCAACCAGACUGGCAUUGCAUAAACACCUGACCAAGACUCUUGCUGCACGCUUUCUCCCAAGUCCCCUCACACCAGCAGCUGUCUGCACUCUUCCUGGUCCCCUUGCCUUGCGCCCUGCCACUGCGGCUGCACUCUUCCAAACUCCUCUCUUGGGACCAGCUCUGUUCCGAAAUGCACCCCCUGCCCUGAGGCCAGCUCCGACAUCCAUAAUGUUUGCUCCUUACUAAACUGUAUCCCAAGGAGAAUGUCAUAGAAAACAGUAAAAAGGAGGCUUUCCCACAAUGAUACAACCAAUGCCUUCCUCUGGGUUGACAAAUUGUAUACCAUUCUUGCUUCGUUCUUGAUCCAAAGCACAUCAUCCAUUUUGGAAACUGGAAUUUGCCAUCCAAGCCAUAAAGUCUAAAGUCUAUAGACUUGGACGGGACAGUCUUAUCGGCCCAUGUCUGACUGUUCUUUUUUUUUUUUUUUAAGUAAGGAUGGCACUGGGGGGGAGGGGUGGUGUUUGAGAGUCUCAUUAUCUUCCAUUGCACUGGGUCAGGGAACUUUUAUCUUAUAUCAGGGAAUCUGUCUCCCUGCUACAUAGUGGGAGUGAGAUGUGAGAUGAUGUUAGCAAUAAGAAUGUUUUGGGAUAGUUGUUAAUGGCCCAAUAAAAAGCAGGUCAAAACUACACUUAAUCAAGUUACCGGUAACUUAAUAAAAUAUCAACCUGGAUACUAAACUGAUAUAUGAAAAGCAGUGCAUUUGCAGCCUUGACCUCAAUAAUCCAGGUAAAAAUACACUGUCACCGAAAUACAUACAUAAAUACCUACAUACAUGUGCCAAAAGUGACAUAAAUUACACAAAAAGAAAUGCCAUACUUUGAACUUUACGUUCUCACAGCUAAUAUUAAAGAAAAACUCAAAUUAAAACACAAAAAUGUAGGUUUAAAAGAUAGAAAAUCCAUGGCAUAAAAUGUGCAAUCUUUCGCGUAAAAAACAAUAAACAUUGCAAGAAAAAUAUGCCUACAUUGAAGCACUUUAGUCUUGAAUGAAAUUAAGUGAGUAAUUAGAUCUUUUUUUUGUAACAACCUGUCUGCACCGAUA